AUGUCUGGACGCGCCGGAGGAAAAGCCAAGCCCCUGAAGGCCAAGAAGAAGGUCGCCAACGAGCUCGACGAAGAGGAUCUCGCUUUCCAGGCCAAGCAGAAGGAGGAGAAGGCCGCAUUAAAGACGUUGCAGCAGAAGGCUGCCAACAAGGGACCCCUCGGUAUGUGUCUCUCUUAUUGCGUCUGCGCUGUCGAUUGA